AUGGGCAGUAGAAUUCUUGCUCAAUUAUUCAAUUGGGGCACUCUAGCUGGAGCUGAUCUCUCAGAUUGCUGGGAUUUUCCUUUCAAUAAGCAUCAUCAAUGGAUCUUCCGUUUGCUUGUACAUGUGAUUUUCACAUUUGGCUUGGACUUUGGACCUUGUUCCAUCAUUAGCUCUGGAUGGACCCCUAAUCCUGGUCCUAUUGAGUCUUCUGUUCUCUAUGACCAAGAUAAACAUGCCUCCUCUGCUGUCUGGGAAGGCCAGGAGCAUGGUGCGCUUAGAUGUCAUGAGCAUACCUUGAAGCCGGGUGAAUGGAAGCUUACACCAAAACAAAUUGAGUUGGUGGAGGAAGCUGGGUUUGGGUACUUGGGAAAGAUACCUGCUAUUAAUUUAGAUAACCCCUUAAUUUCUGCACUAGUUGAAAGGUGGAGGAGAGAAACAAAUACCUUUCACUUGACUGUGAUGACAGUAAGUCUUCAAGAUGUUGCAUUGUUAUUGGGACUGGCAAUUGAUGAGAAACCAGUCAUCGGAAUUACGUAUACAACUUGUAGUUUCCUUUGUGAAAGGCUAUUAGGGAGGUCGCCAGAUUCAAGCUAUGCAAGUGGUGGCAUGGUGAAGCUUAGUUGGUUGAAGGAGUACUUCUCUCAGUGCCCUGAAGAUGCACCAAUCGAAGAGGUUGAGCAAUGCACGCGUGCUUACCUUCUAUAUCUUGUAGGAAGUAAAAAUUUUUCCACUACUACUGGGAACAAAGUUCCUGUUAUGUAUCUGCCUCUAUUUGAGGACUUCGAGGAAGCUGGAAAGUAUGCCUGGGGUGCUGCAGCAUUAGCAUUUCUUUAUAGGGCACUUGGCAAUGCAUCUGUUAAAUCACAAAGUACCAUAUGUGGCUGUUUAACGCUACUGCAGUGUUGGGGUUAUUUUCAUUUGAAUAUCAGCCGACCCAAGCUUAAUCGGGACCCUAUCCACGACCAUUUCCCGUUUGUGCUUAGGUGGAAGGGAAAGCAAAGUGGGCGAACAACAAACCGUGAUGUAGUUUUUUACCGAAAGGCAUUGGACUUCCUGAAACCAUGUGAUGUGGAAUGGCGUCCAUACAAGUAUAUGCACGGUACUGUAAUCCCAGAAGAUAUCAAAACCGCCUUGUGACGCUGCUUUGUGACGCUGCUGAUGGACAUGGGAGUGAAUUCAUAUCUGAUGCAGUUAAGAAGGUUGAUGACGUACAUUCAGCGAGUCAUUUUUGUAUGUGCAUGGGAUGGGAUCUUUUGCUUUCUCUACUUUCUUCCUAGUAAAAGAUUUGUGUUUGUUUCUGAAGGAAGACUGUGGAGAGGCAAUGAUUUUCUCAAUAUCUGAACUCUAGCAUACUCUUCAACAAUGACAGCACAUUUGUGACUUCAUUCUACUGGAUCAAGUGAUUUCGCCAAUCCA